GGAAACAGCGCCGUCGCACUCUUGCCCCCCCCCCGCACGCAGCCUUGCUAGCCCUUUCAUUGCCCGUCCCACCCCCCACCCCCCUUCCAGUAGCACUCGCCAUGUCGAAUAACAAUAUGAAGGCCUACUUGGCCUCAAAAUACAUGUCCGGACCCAAAGCCGACAUGAUUCUCGAACAUGCGGGCGUGAAGAAAAAGAGAAAGCGUACGAAGAACGAGGACUACACGGCGACUGUUGCGGAGGCUGGCGGGCUUGUCUUGCAGGAUGCGGACGAGUGGAAGAAGUCGAAGCGCAGAGAUGUGGACCUGGACGAGGAAGAUGCGCCUGUCGUCGGCAAGGGCGCUGCUACCUUCAAGAAGGGCGCUUCGGCGUGGUCGACUGUUGGAGCCACAGCGCUGCCCGUUCCCGCGCGAGUGAAGGAGGAGCCCCGCGAUGAUGAGGCCGGGCCGUCUACAGCGCCUUCCGAGACCGCGGCUCCCAAGCCGCAGCUUACGAAGCGGCGCGGUGGUCUGCGCACUGCAGCCGAGCUGACUGAGGAAGCUGCGGCCGCGUCGGCCGAGAGGUCCCCGUCGCCCGAACCUGACGCGCAGGCGACGACUGUGCACCGUGACCAAGCGGGACGCGUGCUUGAUGUGGAGCAGCUGCGCGCCGAGGCGAGGAGAGAGGAGCUCGAGGAGCAGUUGAAGGAGAAGGAGCGGGAGGAGUGGACGAAGGGUUUCAAACAGCGCGAAGAGCGGGAGCGGCGGGCGAAGGAAGAAGCGGCAAUGGCGUCGCAGGAUGUUGCCCGACGCGCUGACGACACGGCGAUGAACGCCGAGCUCCGGGAAGUAGAGCGGUGGAACGAUCCUGCGGCGCAGUUCCUCACGACAUCCAAGAAGCGAAAGAAGGGUCCGAAGCGGCCGGUGUACAAAGGCUCGUGGGCGCAGAACCGGUUCGGCAUUGCGCCAGGGUAUCGAUGGGAUGGCGUGGACCGGUCGACAGGAUUCGAGAAGAAGUGGUUGUUGGCGCAGAAUGCGAGGGAGCGGCAAAAGUAUGAGAGCGACAGGUAUGACAUGGAGGAUUUGUAGCAAUAGGGUGUUGAGUAGUGUGUGGCGCAGGUAUAAACAAUGCGAACCCUGCGGCGUGUUGCCGGCGGAGACAUGGAGUUGGCCAUGGGCCAUGGGCCAACGACAGACGACAGGCGGCUGGAGCCAUGUAACGGUGUUGAGAA